UCACCGGUGUAAUACAGCGUAUCAGUACUCUUGAUUUUUGCCUUUCUGGCUUUACUCAUUCAAAUAUCUCAAGGGCAAAUUGCUUCAACAUUUUUGUGUUAAAUGGGUCUCCGAAGUUUACGUCAUGAGCUGUAUACGACUCAUACAACGAAAACGGGGAAAAGUGAUCAUUGCUUUCGACUCGAUCAGAUUACUUAUAUCGAAAUAGCGUAACUUCAAGCAAUCGUACGGUUCAAAAGUGUACUGCUUAAACACAACAAAAAUGACAAUAUAAACCUGAAGAAAGUUAAUUAAGAGAAUCUACUAUACUGAAAGUCUAAAUCAUGUGUGGAAUUUGGGCACUUUUCGGUUUGGAAUGUGGCACUCUCGCUUGCGUGUGUAAUAACUUUGGUAAAAUAUCUCAUCGGGGCCCAGAUGCAUUCAAAGUCGAGUACGAUAGUCGUAUCAAGGAUGGAUAUCUUGGCUUUCAUAGAUUGUCUAUAGUUGAUGGACUUUGUGGUAUGCAGCCGAUGCGUUUAUGUGCAUAUCCAGAACUGUUUCUGUUAUGCAAUGGAGAGAUCUACAAUUACAAGAAGCUAGGAAAGGAAAAUGACUUUCAUUACACGACAAAAUGUGAUGUAGAAGCGAUCUUACAUCUUUAUACAACUGCUGGCGCAGAAAAUGUUGCACGUUCAUUGGACGGUGUGUUUGCUUUUUGUAUAUUGGACGUAAAAAAGAGGAGAAUUUUAAUCGCAAGAGAUCCUUACGGUGUGAGGCCACUCUUUAUAUUGCGUGAUAGCAAAGGACGUUUGGGCGUCAGUUCAGAAAGCAAAGGCUUAUUUGGGAUAACGAACCAAUUUCCAAGUGACUGGACAUUGCAACCCUUUCCCCCCGGUUAUUAUGAAGAAUAUGAAAUAUCUGAAAAGGGAAAAGUAACUCUUCUAAGGAGUGUACAAUAUCACAAACCCGGAGAUAAACCCAGUUUUCCUACCUUUGUACCGUGGACCGAUCUCGAUUCGAAGGAUAUCAGUGGAAACAUAAAAAAAUUAUUCUUGGGUGCCAUUCAGAAACGUUUAAUGUCUGAAAGACGAAUAGGCUGUUUUUUAUCAGGUGGAUUAGAUUCUAGUUUAGUAGCAGCUUUACUUGCCAAAGAAGCCAAAGAAAUGAAUUUUCCCUACAAGUUGCAAACUUUUGCGAUUGGAAUGGGUGACAGUCCGGACAUUUUGGCUGCGAGACAGGUUGCAGAUCAUAUCGGUACUGAACACCAUGAAAUUAAUUUUACCGAAAAAGAUAUUGAAGACGUUUUGGAUGACGUUAUUUAUCAAUUGGAGACCUUUGAUAUUACAACUAUUCGAGCAUCUGUUGGCAUGUACUUGAUAUCGAGGUACGUUAAAAAGAACACGGAUACAACGGUAGUUUUUAGUGGAGAGGGGGCGGAUGAAUUGGCUCAAGGGUAUAUAUAUUUCAAAAAUGCACCUGAUGCUGUGGCGGCUCAUGAAGAAUCACUACGGUUAUUAAAGGAUAUCUAUUUAUAUGAUGGAUUAAGAGCUGAUAGAUCAACUAGCGCGUUUAGCUUAGAACUUCGAGCACCAUUCCUGGACCUUCAGUUCACUCAUUAUUUUCUUUCACUAGAAGCAGUCGCUCGACAACCACAAAACGGAGUUGAAAAACACCUUCUUCGAUCUGCAUUUGAAGAGACGAAUCUCCUACCUAAGAAUGUAUUGUGGAGACAUAAGGAAGCGUUCAGUGAUGGUGUCACAUCUGUUAAAAAAUCUUUGUUCCAAAUUAUUCAGGAAAUUGUUGAAAACCGUGUAGAUAACAACGAAUUGGAUGAAGCAGCAACUAAAUAUCCACAUUGUACACCAACAACGAAAGAGGCUCUUUACUACAGAAAAGUUUUUGAGAAACAUUUUGAAAACCAAGCAAAGAGUCUCAUUCCCUACUUCUGGAUGCCCAAAUGGAUUGAGGGUAUAUCCGACCCUUCAGCGCGAUUCAUAAAACAUUACGCCGCAGAUAAACAGCAAAACGGAGUACAUUAAUUGUAUUAAAAGUGAAAUUUAUCCGUAAAAAAAUGGACACCUGUAAAGAUCUUCAAAAUUCAAAUAAAAACGUGUGCCGUACAAGGAAAAAA